AUGAUUUCAGUGGUGAUUAUUACUGAGCUACUAGUGGAGUACACGACGGCUCUCGCUAAACUCACCGCCGGGAUUCUCCCACGGCGUACCGGCGAUAGAAACGCCGUACGGAUCGGUGGUUUCCUCCUUCCCGCUCCUUCACCGUCUUCGAUGAUUCCUGAUUUCUCCUCUCACCUCGUCGAUUUCUGA